GAAAGCGUCCCGUCUGUAGCUUUUGAAUUAAAGCGGCCGAGAUUGAGUUUCUGUAAUUCCUUCCAGCUCACCAAACAACAGUUUAUGCCAAAAAUGUCGUUCACCAUCUUGUUUCAAAACAUAUGUCGCAGGCCCCAGGAGCCUAACAGCCGAUGAAUUCGACGUUUUUGUUACCGCCAGCUACGUAUCUCUGCCGCACAGCCUCGUCUAUUGCGUAGACAAUGACCCCAGCCAGCCCGUUGCGCUGGCCAUGGUCGGUCAGCGAGCCGACAAGCCGGGCCAAGUGCGCCUUGCCAUGAUGGGCGUAGCGGAAGGGCAUACGGGGAAAGGCAUUGGCAAACAGCUGGUACAGGCUCUUAUUGCGCAAGAGAGAGAACGAGGAACAAAACGCAUCGAGCUGGAAUGCAUCACGAUCAAUGAGCCCGCCUUAAAGCUCUAUCUCAACCAGGGCUUCCAAAAGUACAGGCAGCUCUCGGGAUGGGAGAGGGAUCCUAUUCCCGAAGGCGAGUUCCAGCAAAAUCCAGAUCUGAAGCAAGUCGAGGUUGAAAUGGUCCGCGAGAUUGCAAAGAAACACAUGGCUCCUGAUUUGGCCUGGCAGGCCUGGAACGCCUGGUCAGAGACCAAAACACACGAUGCAUACCAGCUUGGAAACACUUAUGCCAUCAUCACCAAGCCAGACGAUAAGAACAGCGACAAAGUCAGUCUGACCUCGCUGUUUGUCAUGCCAGAGUAUCGCCGUCAGGGCCAGGGCGAGCGAAUGGCCAAGGCACUCCUUGCGCUGUGUGUCGGGAAGAAAGUAAUGGUGGGAGCUCUAUUCCCGAGAGAGUAUGGCGAGGAAAUGGCAGCAAAGUUGGGUUUUAGAGAUACGGAGAUUCAACAAUUUCACUUGGAGAUGAAUCUGUGAUGAAGAAUCGGGAC